CGAUUUAGUUAUUUAUAUAUAUGUGUAAAUACUCUGAUCUCUUCUUUCGAUUCAUUCGGUGCACUUCGUUUUUCUUCAAUGGACGUUGCGAUGGUAACUUCAGGAUUCGAGAAGCCCCCGUGGAUUUUCAAGGGCAGUGCUGUGUACCAGAUUCAUUCCGUUCGAGUCGACUCUGUUCGACCUUUCAUCCCCAAAGAAUUCAAAGUGGUCCAGAACUUUGGAUACACUAUGGGAGGGUUUUUCCUCGCCAAUUACGAGGAGAGCCCUUUUGGUGCGUUCGACGAGUUGGUGAUAAUUGCUGCUAUAGUUAAGCCGGAUCGAUCAUCUCGCGCAUGGGCUGCGAAAGUUCUUGUCAACAGCGAUGAAGCUUGCGACCACGGACGGAAGGUAUUCGGACUUCCUAGUCAAGUUGCCAAUUUUAUAAAGUGUUAGUAUAAUAGUGGCACACGGUGUAUGUUGAAGCAGAAGAGUAAAGUAAUAU